CCCCCUUCCUGCAAAGUAUCAGGUAUUGCUGAGUUAAUGAAGAGCAAGAACAGAACACAGAAGUGAUUUCACUAUCCAAGGCUGGGAAAUUUGGGUUUCGGAGGGAUACCUACCUGGGACAGUAGGACCAUGUUUCCGAAAAUAACUACAGAACUGCUGAAGCAGCUCCGGCAAGUGAUGAAAAAUUCCAAAUAUGUUUCUGAACCCAUUCAAGCCUACAUUGUGCCCUCAGGAGAUGCUCAUCAGAGUGAAUACAUUGCACCUUGUGACUGCCGUAGGGAGUUCAUUUGUGGAUUUAAUGGGUCUGCAGGAACUGCCAUUAUAACAGAGCAACAUGCAGCCAUGUGGACAGAUGGACGCUAUUUCCUUCAGGCAUCCCAACAAAUGGAUUCCAAUUGGACACUCAUGAAGAUGGGACUGAAAGACAUUCCUACUCAAGAGGACUGGCUUGUAAGUGUACUUCCUCAAGGUUCUAAAGUUGGAGUGGAUCCUUCUAUUAUUCCUGCUGACCAGUGGAAGAGGAUGAACAAAGUUCUGAAAUGUGCUGGCCAUGUUCUUGUGCCAGUCAAAGAUAAUUUGAUUGAUGCCAUAUGGGCAGAUCGGCCACCACGACCUUGUAAGCCUCUGAUGACACUAGAUCUUAGCUUCACAGGAAUCAGUUGGAAAGAAAAGAUUACAGCUCUGCGGGGCAAAAUGGCCGAGAGGAAGGCUCUCUGGUUUGUUGUGACAGCUUUGGAUGAUGUGGCUUGGCUUUUUAAUCUUAGAGGGUCUGACGUGGAAUACAAUCCAGUGUUCUUUGCUUAUGCUAUCAUAGGGAUAGACACUAUCAGGUUGUUUAUUGGUGGCAAUCGCUUAAUAGAUUCAAAUGUGAAAGAGCAUCUGUUUCUGGAUUCUGCUCAGGACCCUGAAUUGCACAUACAAAUUCUGCCAUACGAUUCCGUCCUGACAGUUCUGAAAUCAAUUUGUGAAUCUCUCUCUCCACAUGAGAAAGUUUGGCUCAGUGAUAAAGCCAGCUAUGCUCUAACUCAGGUCAUUCCCAAGGAUCACCGCUACCUCACCCCCUACACUCCCAUCUGUAUAGCAAAAGCUGUGAAAAAUGUGACAGAAGCAGAAGGCAUGAGGAAGGCUCAUAUUAAAGAUGCUGUUGCGUUGUGUGAGCUGUUUAAUUGGCUGGAGAAGGAGGUUCCCAAAGGCAACAUUACGGAAAUCAUAGCAGCAGAUAAAGCAGAGGAAUUUCGUAGCCAGCAAGAGAACUUCGUUGACUUGAGCUUUGCUACCAUUUCAAGUACAGGCCCAAAUGGUGCUAUCAUUCAUUACACGCCUUCUCCUGAAACAAAUAGAACUUUGUCCUUGAGUGAGAUCUAUCUCUUGGAUUCUGGUGCUCAAUACAAGGAUGGAACUACAGAUGUGACAAGGACUAUGCAUUUUGGUACCCCAUCGAUGUAUGAGAAGGAGUGUUUUACCUACGUCCUGAAGGGCCACAUAGCAGUCAGUGCAGCCAUAUUUCCUAAUGGAACCAAAGGUCAUCUCCUGGAUUCCUUUGCUCGCUCUGCAUUGUGGGAUCAAGGCUUAGAUUACUUGCAUGGUACAGGUCAUGGAGUUGGUGCUUUCCUCAAUGUACAUGAAGGUCCAUGUGGCAUUAGCUACAAAACAUUUGCAGAUGAACCUCUGGAAGCGGGAAUGAUUGUUUCUGAUGAACCUGGUUAUUAUGAAGAUGGCUCUUUUGGGAUCCGAAUUGAAAAUGUUGUCAUUGUUGUUCCGGCUAAAACAAAGUAUAACUUCAGCAACAGAGGGAGUUUGACUUUUGAACCAUUGACCCUGGUCCCAAUCCAAACUAAAAUGAUACUUGUUCAUCUACUGACUCAGAAAGAGUGUGACUGGCUGAAUGACUACCACAGAAAAUGCAGAGAAGUGAUUGGGGCAGAACUUGAACAACAAGGAAGACAUGAGGCCCUUCAGUGGCUCAUUAGAGAAACAGAGCCAAUCUCUCAAAUACACUAAUAGAGUAUUUCUAUUUUUGGAUGUAAUUCCUUUUUAAAAAUCCAUGUUCAGGACUGCUUUGGCUUUACAAUGAUGAUUUGGGGGAGGCAUGAGUUUUUUAAAAAGAAUAAUAAUCAAGAGAAAUAAAAGAAGAACAAUGGGCAAGGUAGAGGGUAAAAGGAUUUAUUCCCCUGUGAUAUUCUCUCUGUUUUUUCCUUUUGAUAAUGAACAAAAUUAAAUUCAGAGCUUAAAUCUGUGUCUUAAACAAUGAGAUGGGUUAGUGGGAAAGAACGCAUGGCUGUGAAACUAAUCUCUGGAUCAGAUUGAUCAAUUUCCUUGUAUAAACAAUGAAAGUAAGAAAAUAUGCCAUAAUGUGAGUUGGCUCUUGGUGGCAAUUUUCUCAAAUGUUAAGGAGGAAUGGUAUUGCAUCAAAGGUGCACAUAUCUGCUAAAAUUAGUGCCUGCAUAGGUUUAAGUUUCCUGAAAAAUAGAAUUUCUCAUAAUUAUUCUUGAAAGAUUUUAGCAUCUGGCUUUGCUGCAUCUCAUAUUUCAGAAAGGCAACUAGUUACUGCAUUUUUAUCCUUCAAUAAAGGAAGUGCCAAACAA